UGAAUAUUCUAUAAUUUAUAAAUAAAAGUAUUUAAGUAAUUUAAUACUUGUUUUGUAAUCUUAAUUUUUAACAUAGAAUUUAGGUACUACAGAAGAGAUAACUGCCAUUUAAACUUGUUUUUACUAGAUAAUUUGAAAAUACCAAAGUUGCUUCUAAACAAAGCAAGGAUAUAUUUAGUAUAUUUUCCUCCAAGUAGAAAGAUUUUUAACGAAUGGCGUUCUCGUCAAUUCUUUUUAUAGUUCCAACAAGGUGUUGACACUGCGACAAUCUGUUUUUGUAAUAGGACAAAAGAGACGAGCCCGUAUUCCGUACCAGUCUGUGGGGUCCCACCUGUGACAGUAUGGACAGAAUCGUGGAGUUGUGCUACAUGCCAGACAUGAAGAUCGGCGAGUGGAUCGUCUUCGAGAACAUGGGAGCCUACACUAUUUGCGCUGCCUCCAAUUUCAACGGUUUUGAAAAACCAGCCCUGAAAUUCUACCUUCCCCGGCAUGCAUUAAUCUUCCUUCAGCAGCUAACUUCAUGGUCUCGCCUGGUGAAGGCACUCUCACCCGAAUGGACCUCUGUAGCCGAGGCAUCCGAACAGGCCUCCGGCGGAUCCGAAGGGGUGCACUUGCUUCCGGUGGCCGAGGCUGUGUUCGCCUGAUAUUACUACACAGGACAGAUUCAGCUUCUUCACUUGUACAUUCCAUUUUUCCUAUCACCGCUAGAUAGAAUCUCUUUCUUUAAGUGGAUUAAGUUUCAAGAAGACAUUCUUUGGAUAAAUUUAUUUAACAUGCAAUUUAUUAAUAAUAAUAAAUGGUUAAAUCAAUUAAAUAAUAGUAUCUUAAUAGUGUGUUUGUGUGACUUGAUUUUUUUUGUUUUGUUUGAAUAUUGGGAGACAUGCUGCUA